UAAAAAUUUUCGCGUGCCAUGGAUUUGCCAUCCCUACUAUAUACCAAAAAAAUCAGAAUAAAAUCAAUCAAAAAUUAAGAUGGGAAUUCCUGGAUUAACUUCAUUUAUAAAAAAUAAUUCAACACAAUAUUUUGAAAAUCAUCAAUUAACCGAUACAUUAGUAAUUAUAGAUGGUUAUGCUUUAACCAAUUUCCUCUACAGAAUGCAUGAAAACCAAACUAGUGCUUUUGGAGGUGAUUAUGACAUUAUGGCAACAGUUUACAUUGAUUUUAUCAACUUAUUUCUUAGAUGUAAAGUAAUACCUAUCUUUGUAUUUGAUGGUGCUUAUGAACAACGUAAAAUAGAAACAAUUAUAAAUCGUAUGAGCCAAAGAAUUCAAUUAUAUGGUAAUCAAAUUAAAACUAGUGAUUGUAUGCCAUACUUUGGUAGUGAUAUAUUAUUUGAUAUUCUUAAUGAUAUGGAUAUACCACAUGUAAAUUGUGAUUUUGAAGCAGAUGCCGAGAUUGUUGCUAUGGCUAAAUUAUUAAAAUGUCCGGUUAUUAGCCGUGAUUCAGAUUUUUAUAUGAAUACAGUACCAUAUAUACCAUUAGAUAUGAUAACACUUGAUUUUAAAUCUACAAUGAUAAAUUGUCGAUUAUAUAAAGUGGAAAAAUUACUGAAUGAGUUUGGUGGAUUGCAUACAAGUUAUUUACCUUUAAUAGCUGCACUUUUGGGAAAUGAUUAUAUAAGACAAGAUACAUUUUCUUCACUAUUAAGGUUAAGACCUGGCACAUUUAAUUGUGGAUUAAAACUUAAGCGAAUUACAGAAUGGUUACGAAGACAAAAGGAUAUCAAUAAUGCGUUAUACAAUAUGACUUAUAAUUUACCACACAGCAGGGAUUAUGUAAAUAAUCAAAUAAAAAACAUUAUGAAAGAAUAUAAAAAUACAGAUAGCAAGUAUUUAACAUUUGUACUCCAAUAUAAAAGAAUGGCUAAAUAUCAAGAUGGUUUAAAGAAUUAUUUAAAACCUAAUGAAAAAACUAUACUUCCUCUUUGGUUAGAAAAUAAUUAUCGUAAGGGUACUAUAAACUCAGAAGUAAUGACAAUACUCACAUUAAAAAAAAUAUUUUUUAAGGUUCAAAUUGAGGACUAUCAAAAACCUCCAUAUUAUGAAGUUUCUUUCAAAAUUUUAGAAGUUAUUUUUGGAUUAUUAAUAGGGAAAAAUUACACAGUUCCUACUCUUGGAAGAAAAAAUGGACUUAAUACAGGUCAGUAUAAAAUAAAAUCACGAAUAACAAAUCCUUAUGUACCUUUAGCCGAUAUAAAUAAAACCGAUUUAGAAUAUCGCAAAAAUAUGAUACUAAAUUUGAUUGGCAUUAAAAAUUUUAAUGGCGUUCCAAAAGAAUGGGAAUUAUUUGUUUUAAUAUUAAUUUACUGGGCAAUACAAACGAAUAGUAAAAAAUCAACGCAUGUGUAUGCUUUAAUUGUAUGUGCUAUGACAUUUAACAUUAUCAAAAAAAUUGACACUGAUAAUAAAACACUUGAAAAUGUUACCAAUAAAAGUAUAAUAGAAGAAAACAUAAUUAAAGUAAAAAAAGAAGAUUGUGAACAAGCUAAAAUCAAUUUGAAGAAUUAUUUUUGUGUUGGUCAAUAUAAUAACAAACCUUUAUAUUACAAAAUUAUACAUCCAUUUGCUCAAUUUCAAAGCUGUGUGUAUUUUUUUAUGAUACUCAAUUCAUUACUGGAUUUUCCAUAUGACCAAUGUCGCAUUGAAAAUUUUUUCAAAGGAUCAUUAUUAUAUAAUUUAUGUGUAAAAAUGGAACAUACUAAUCCAGAGGUAUUUAUAUCUCAGCAACUAUUUUAUAAAUUAGAUUCAUUAAAUAAAGUUUAUGAAUCAAUUAUCAACCAUGUAGAAAUGCAGUUGUUAGGAUCAAAAAGAAAAAUUGUACCAUCUUCAAGUAGAAGUCCAAAACCAAAAGAUAAAAAAAGAUUGAAUAACAGAAAAAAACCAGUUUAAGUUACUUAAUUUACUUUAAAUAUAAAUAUUAUUCAUAAAACUGUUAGGUUAAUAAUUACAACCUGAUUGCAUUUAUAUUGCACUUCUGAAGACUUAUUAAGUAUAUUUUAUUUAAUAGUAAAUAUAUUCAAAAUAUAUACAAUA